UUUAUGGUUGAAAUACAGUUGUGUAUUUGUCGUCAUAAUUUCAACUGAAAUCAACAAGCGAGACAACGGUCGAUUCCCUUCAGUUGAAGAAGAGCGUACGUAAGAAUUGCCUCAAUAUUUGUCAAUAUUAAUAAAAAUGUAACAAUCUUAAGCCAGAAGCGCAUGUCGAUAAGUUUUGCUCUGGUGAUCAUUCUUUGAUUAGAUUUUGCUUUAUUUGAUAUCAUUGUAGCUGUUAUUUUAAAAUACUGUGCAUUUUAUUUGAUGUCCAUUAGCAAUCUGUAAGAUUAAUGAUCUCAUCAUACUCGUUUCAAGUGGAAUCCGAGACCAUCCGAUACUCAAGAAAUUUUUACAAAGAUGCUUUAUCAAAAUGGACUUUUACCAAGGAUUUCUUUUACCUUGAAAUAUUCUUUGGAAUAUAUUGUACUUCAGUUCUAUCCUUCAUUGUGUCGAGGAAAGGUGAAUGAGGUCUUCAUAGGCCUAUUACCUAAUUGAGAUUUGACUGCGAUGCACAAUUUUCGAAAUCAUCUUUGUUGGUUUGCCAAACAACAAAGUAUUACGAAGGUCAUUUUAUAAUAUUGAAGGUGUUACACUUUCUUUAGAAUAAAUAAAGUACGUACUGCUAAGGCCUUACACUUUUAUGCAUCGAUUUGUAAAUGGAUUCUCACACUGGUUGGCACAACUCCGCAUUUCUAACAAACCAAACGAUUUUAUUUUUAAGGAAAAUAAUUCUGGGACAUACUUAGUUAAAUUUAGUAUGAAUUUUAAAAUCUACAGUUACAUUGUCUUCGAAUCAAGAUGCUUCCGAGUUCCAGCAAGUCGUUUAGGAUAAGUUUAAUCCGGUAACACGUAUACGGAAUAGUUUGUAUUAUAUUACACUGGUCAUCACAAAUUAUUAUAUGAAUACAUACAUCCGGAUAUGGCUACAGCAUACUGCAUGAUGGAAUUGAAUUCGACUGACCAAGAGUUGGAAUACAAUUCGAUCGCUAUGGUGUUCCAGAGUGGAUUGAUGUUGUUUAUAAUUCUGUCGGGUUUAAUUGGAAAUGCCAUCACUCUCUAUGCUUUGAAGAUAAACACUGUAUUCCACACGAAAUCUUAUGUUUUUAUAGCAAAUCUGGCCGUUGCUGACUUGCUGAAUUGUUUGCUUGGAAUGCCUGUUAUUCUUGUGUCUUCUAUAUUAAAUGAAUGGGUCUUCGGGGAAGCGCUAUGCAAUAUCAUGGGCGGCACGACGGUUCUCUUUUGCUCGACAAGUUUGCUAACUCUGUGUGCGAUAUCGGUAGAACGGUAUGUCUGUAUAACCGAUCCGUUUAAAUACGACAUGAAAUUAACAGAAAACAGAUUGAAGUUUGUAGUUUGCUGGACAUGGUUUCAAGCGUUUAUUUUUGCUGUUCUUCCGAUCACCGGAUGGUCAACAUAUGUUUAUAUAUCAAAUGAGUUUAUCUGCACUGUAGAUUGGGGUAACCAUGAGAGUUACACAAUAACUCUUUUCAUUUGCUGUAUAGGGGUACCGUUUGUCUCCAUGAUGUAUGCUUACUUGAACAUACUAAAAGUUGCACGUGCACAACUGCGCAAGGUAGCAGCACUAGAUUUUGCCCAACCCUCGAAUGCAAAAACCAAGUUGCGUAAAGAAACUAAGGCUGCGUUCACGCUGCUAAUUGUUAUAGGAACGUUCUUCAUUUGCUGGAUACCUCAUGUAAUAAGUAUGGCGUGCUUAAUGUUCGAGAAUUGCCCUCUACCCGAUUGGUAUUUCACGACAACCACGUGGUUAGCUAUGGCAAAUUCUGCGUGUAACCCAGUAAUUUACGGCAUUCUUAAUAAAACUUUCAGAACUACUUGCAUGUCGAUCUUACGACGACGGUUUCAAACACAGUCACGUAUAUUUUCUAUGACUGCCAAACCUGAAAUAUCUCGCGCCAAUAACCACAACAUUGUGCACCAUAUCUCGUCAAUACCUUAAUAUUCUUACAUAGCUUUCAAUAUAAUAUGGAUACCCGUUUCUUAGUGAAACAUAUGCUGUAUUAUAGACAUUCAUUAGGGCUUAUGUGAUAGUCCAAUUUAUUCGUUUAAUAAUUUCAAUAUAACUGUAUAUAGGCCUCGGUGUGGGAAUAUCAAUUAUAUAGUAAACUAUAACAGAAUAUAUACAUUACUUCGACACUUUUAGUGUUAUUAUUUCAAAAGCUAUGUCAUGCCCUCGUGAGAAUGCUCUAAUAACAUAAAAUACGUACGUUCAUUGGAAGCCAACUCUUUCUUCUUUUGAAGAAGUUUUUGUAGUUUUGCAAUUCUAUGUUUUCCUUUAUUUAGUUUAAUAUCAUACAAUUGCUUAUUGUAAAAUAUUUAACAACAGGGCUAGGAUGAAACAAUCAGGUAACCAUAUUAUGUAUCGUACCUGUUUUGCAUUGUCAACCGGGAAAGAAAACAUUCAUAAGAAAAAAAAGAGCGUGGUUAAAAUUAAAUGGGCAAAUUGUCUAUUCGAGUGUUUUACUUAAUAUCCAAAAUGCCACAAUGUUGGCGUCUGAAUAACCAUUAUAGAUCAUCACACACCAACCAACUUACAUGUGCACAAUAAUAUAGUCCGUCAACUUUCAAGCACCAGGCCGUGGAAAUAACAUAAUUUGAGACCACCACCGGAAGUAAUGAGACAUAAAAAGUAUAGUACUAGUAGAUAGUA